AUGUCUGGGUUCACCGCACUUCCGAAGGGCUCGCUCAUCCUCGUCACUGGAGCCAAUGGAUACAUCGGAUCUCACACGAUCAACGUCCUCCUCGGACUCGGCUACCGGGUGCGCGGCACAGUUCGAUCAGAGAAGCCGUGGCUCAGCGAGUUCUUCCACAGCAAAUAUGACAAGGACGCCUUUGAAUUAGUCCUCGUCCCCAAUCUCGAGGACGAGGAGGCUCUCGGAAAGGCCAUGGCUGGUGUAUCUGGUGUUGCACAUGUGGCGUCCGACAUUUCAAUGAGUGAUGACCCUAAAGCCGUCAUCCCCUGGGUCGUAAAGGCGACUGAGACGGCCCUCUCCGCCGCGGCAAAGCACUCGAGCAUCAAGCGUUUCGUCCUCACAUCUUCUGCUUUUGCCGCCGUCAUUCCUCAGCCCAACAGGGAGAUGCACAUUGACGAAAGUACCUGGAACGACUUUGCUAUCAAGGCAGCGUGGGACCCGAACACACCCAAGGAGACCAAGCCCGGCGCGAUUUACUCUGCUUCCAAGGCCGAGGGCGAGAGGGCUGCGUGGAAGUGGAUUGAGGAGAACAAGCCUGGAUACUCGUUCAACACCAUCCUGCCGAACUUUAACACUGGAGAGAUCCUCCACCCCAAUAUCGGUGGCUCAACCAUGGGCUUCGCUCGUGAUCUGCUCAAGGGACAGGCCGGCAUGCUCAGCGCCUUUAUGCCCCAGUGGUACGUCGACGUAAUCGACGUCGCGCGUCUUCACGCCAUCGCCCUGCUCGCCGAGCCCGUCAAGUCUCAGAGGAUCUGGGCCUCCGCACACCCCGUCAACGCAUCCGACUUCAUUGACGCUUUCCGUGAGCUGAGACCGGACAACAAGCUGAUCCCGGAGAAGCAGGCGGACGAGGGGCGUGAUAUCAGCGAACUUCCCCCAGCGGCCAAGGCUGAGAAGUUGUUGCAGGAGUACUUUGGUCAGGGCUGGACACCGCUGAAGGAGAGUUUGGCUGCGGGAAUUCGUGACUUGUAG